CCACUUUCACAAGAUUUAUUUAAAUACAAGUAAUCUACUUGAUCUUUGAUAUAUUGUAAAUACAUAUUGAUUUAUUAAUCUCUAAUACUGCAUAAUGUAGAUUUCUAUAAAAAGUAAUGUUGCCAUUAAAGGAGUAGGUGCCUGAUGAAGUGAUCAAGUUGAUAAUUGUUCCAGUAAUAUUAAAGAUCAUGGAUUAUGAAUUUAAACUAAAAACUGAUACAGAUCGAACAAAAGUGGAAGACCUUUUUGAAUUUGAAGGAUGUAAAGUUGGGAGAGGAACUUAUGGACAUGUCUAUAAAGCACGCAGAAAGGAAGGAGUACCAGAUAGUGAAUUAAAAUCUAGGCCAGAUACAAAGGAUUUUGGCCUAAAACAAAUUGAAGGUACAGGCCUUUCAAUGUCUGCAUGUCGAGAAAUUGCAUUACUUAGGGAACUAAAACAUGUAAAUGUGAUUACAUUAAUUAGAGUUUUUCUGUCACACAUUGAUCGCAAAGUAUGGUUAUUAUUUGACUUUGCUGAACAUGAUUUAUGGCAUAUAAUAAAGUUUCAUAGAGCAGCAAAAGCUAAUAAAAAACCUGUCAUGGUACCAAAGGGUAUGGUAAAAUCUUUAUUAUAUCAAAUUCUAGAUGGUAUUCAUUAUUUACAUUCCAAUUGGGUGCUUCAUAGAGAUUUGAAACCAGCAAAUAUCUUAGUAAUGGGAGAAGGAAAUGAAAGGGGACGUGUAAAAAUUGCAGACAUGGGUUUUGCUAGAUUAUUCAAUGCUCCAUUAAAGCCUCUUGCAGAUUUAGAUCCAGUUGUAGUGACAUUUUGGUAUAGAGCACCAGAAUUACUUUUAGGUGCUAGACAUUAUACAAAAGCUAUAGAUAUCUGGGCAAUUGGUUGUAUAUUUGCAGAGCUUUUAACUUCUGAACCUAUAUUUCAUUGUAGACAAGAAGAUAUUAAAACUAGCAAUCCAUAUCAUCAUGAUCAAUUAGAUAGGAUAUUCAAUGUGAUGGGAUUUCCUUUGGAAAAAGAUUGGGAAGAUAUUAAGAAAAUGCCAGAACACCCUACACUGUUAAAAGACUUUAAAAGAUCAAACAUAUUUGCCGGUUGUCCUAUUCCAUAUCCUAAACGAGAAUUCCUAACAGAUGAUGAUACAGAAGAAAAAACUGAAAACAAAGCACGGCAAAAUCAACAACAAACUCAACAAAAUCAACAACAACAAGGAAACGGCGAUCACAAUCAUGGACAAAAUGCAAAACGGGUGAGACUAAAUGGUCCUCAUGGGGCUCCAGAAUUUCAUCAACAUCAAAGUCACGCGAUGACCCAUCAACAGCCUCCUGGAAUGGUUUAUUCUACGGCGCAACCAACGCAGCCAUCAAAUUUCCAUCAACGCUUUUAAACGAUAUCGUACUAAUGAUUAAAUUCAUCAACAGAGUAAUUAAGUUAUCAGUUUACUGACUUAAUUGAUUGUAUCAGUGAACGAAUCGAACGAUUCCUGUAUAUUUACAGUAUAAUAAUAUAACUUUAUUUAUAUAUUGUACACAUGUAUAUAUUUUACGAAAUACUUUUUAGACUUUGAAAACUAUGCAACUCUUAAAUAUAUUUAACUGCGGUUAGACAUAACGGAUUUACGACUAGCUGUUAAUUAAAUGAACAAAUAAUAAUUGCCAAGAUGAGGAAAAAAUAAAUGAUAGUUAGAAUUAAAUUGAAGAAUGUGCAGUUUGAUAAAAGAGGAUGGAUGGAACGAAAAAAGAAUGCAAAUUGGAAAGUACUCGGUAUCUUCAUCCAGAGAAUGACGAAGAUGAGUAAGUUGGAUCGAGCGAAGGGAAAGUACGCAUGCGCGGUAAAUCGUUUCGCAGCAAGGUGGCGGUCAGUCGCGCGCUCCUGAAACGCAGUUUCCGCGAAUCGGUGCUUGACGAAAAAAGUGUGCGUGAACCGCGUGUUACUGCGAUCGAGAUGCCGAUCAAACUACGGACCAUUUAUUCGUCAGUCAACUCGUUGUUUAAAUGAAAAUAAAAGAUUUGGAGCAAAGCAUCCUCCAAAUGCAGUCAAUAUGGAUUCCCACGUUGGUCUCGACUACAUCGUGGAUAAUCCCGAUUACUGCGUCAAGCUCGCCACGGCCUUGGACACCGCGUGUCCCUCGGUCAAGAAGCAAGUGGUAGAAUUGCUUUCGGCACUGUCUGUUUACAGCCAGGAUGGAAGACAGAGAGCGAUCGAUACUCUUCACGAGUAUCAGAAAAGGAAGAACGAACGAUACCGAUUACGAAUCGUGGUGGAGGAGUUGCAGAACGCGGCUACCGAAGACUAUAGGACCGCGCUAUUGGCAUUCAUAAACUGUUUAGUCAUUUCCACCCCGGUACUGAAGGAUCGCAUAAGGCUUCGUAACGAGUUCAUUGGAAAAGCCACGCGCCGGAUCUGAGAGUGCAACUGGAUGUUUUCGACGAUCAGCGAGAGACCGACGAGGAACUGUCGAAUCACGGGCCGCCUGGAAUUGAUCUUUCUUCCCACGUGGACGUCUUCUACGCGAUUCUUGGACAAAUCGCAGACACUCCGCAAGAAAUACCGUUUCUGAGUAUUCUCCAGCAUCUGUUACGGCUGGAUCCGAAAGAUGCUGCUAGCGAUCUAGCAUGGGACACCGCAGAAACGUUGGUCCACAGAGCAACGCUGUUGGAGAAUCGGGAGGACGCUACCAAAUUGUUACGUUCACCUAGUCUUCAGACGAAUCUUUGUUGCCACUGUCGAGGCACCGAACAAACGUGCGGAACUUCACGAAAGGCGUCGUUACCGGUGAACAAUCCGACAGCGCCACUACCACCUUUACCACCACCCCCUCCGCCUCCUGUUCCUGUCGAUCCAUCAGGUGCAGGUUCAUCGAAUCAAAGCCGUGUUCUACCACCACCCCCGCCUCCGCCACUUUUCACCGGCAACGUUACGUACACCGAUGCCUCGAUGGACCCACCGCCAGUGCCACCGCCGUUGCACGCGUUGCCGGUCGCACGAGUACCCACCCCUGAGCCGGCGAAUAAUCACGCGAGGCUGCUGCCGCAACAGGAAAUACCCACCCCCAAGGCAAAAAUGAAAACGAUCAAUUGGAACAAGAUACCCAAUCACAAGGUGAUUGGAAAACGCAACAUUUGGUCCCUAGUUGCCGAUGAGCAUCAAAACUCACCGAUGACGGAUAUAGAUUGGGCAGAAAUGGAGGGGCUGUUUUGUCAGCAGGUGCCUCCGGUAUUGCCAGCUACUUCGUGUUCAUCCUAUGGAGGAAAUUCGGAUGCUGAGAGACGACGUAGGGAACCAACCGAGUUCGAACGAAGAUAUUAUUCGGCUUAUAAAGGACGGCAGUCACGACGAGAUCGGAGCAGAGAAGUUACGCGGUCUUCUAAAGAUUCUACCGGAGGUGGACGAACUGGAAAUGCUCAAGAGCUUCGACGGAGACAAGUCGAAGCUCGGAAAUGCCGAGAAAUUCUUCCUGCAGUUAGUUCAAGUGCCAAAUUACAAACUACGCAUAGAAUGCAUGCUGUUAAAGGAAGAAUUCGCUGCUAAUAUGAGCUACUUAGAGCCAAGUAUCAAUUCGAUGAUCCUAGCUGGCGAGGACUUGAUGACGAACAAACCACUUCAGGAGGUGUUGUACAUGGUUCUGGUCGCUGGAAAUUUCCUCAACUCGGGCGGUUACGCUGGAAACGCAGCCGGGGUAAAGUUAUCCUCUUUGCAAAAAUUAACCGAAAUUCGAGCGAAUAAGCCAGGAAUGAAUCUCAUACAUUACGUAGCUCUGGACCACAACGGAGCAAUUAAACAACGAAUUUAACGCACUCGACACAAAGAUCAGAAAAAUCAAGGCACAGAUUAAUUUUCCUUCGACGGAAACCGACAUACAGGAACAGAUGGCACAAUUUUUGCAGAUAGCGGAACAGGAAAUGAGUCAGUUAAAACGAGACAUGGAAGAACUCGAAACGUUAAGGCGAUCGCUCGCCGAAUUUUUCUGCGAGGACAGCAACACUUUCAAGAUCGAGGAAUGCUUCAAGGUAUUCCAUCAAUUUUGUCAGAAAUUCAAUCAAGCAGUCGCGGAGAAUGAGAGACGUAGAAUUCAAGAGGAACAGGUAUUGGCGAGGCGCAAGCAACGAGAAGAACAACUUUUGGCUAAAAAACGAUUACUGACCAGUAACAACCAACAAAACGAGGCGCCAAUCUCCGAAUCCGAAUACAAUUUAAUUGGUUACGAUCCUUUCGAUCUUGCCAGCGGUUUACCUCAAAGAAAUUAUGGUCGCGCCGACGCUAAGAUCAAAAGACUGCAAAAUGGUGGUGUUACUUCCGACGAAGAUGUCUCGAUAACCGGAUCGCCCAGUAUUCGACGACGUUUAGGUUCUUGUUCCGGUGGAAUUGCCGACCAGCAAUCUACCAAAGAAGAAACGUACUCACCAGAUGUGACACCGAAUGGUACCCUUCGUCGUCGAAGAAGUCGGAUACCAAGCGAGGACGACGACGGUAAUCUAAUGGAUUUUUUGAGAACGUCGGGACAAGACGGCACUCGUGAGAGAAAAUCAUGGGGCAGUCUAGAUCGUUCGUGGGCGAGAAGAGCACGCGGUCAUUCUCGCAGAAGCGAUCUACUGAACGCCGAUUUCUCGAUCGAUCGCGAAAGGCCAAGUUCUCCGUCGCCUUUGAUCGAGAGCAAACCCUUCUUGCACGAGGAAGAAACGAAACCUGCGGGGAAAGCAUGGCGGCAAAAAAUCGAGGCCUGGUUGUCGGAGAACGAAAAGGAAGAACGUGCGGGUGAGGAGCUUCAGAGAAAAGCAAAACAGCUGCACAAUGCGAAUCGACGAUCCUACGAGGACUCUGAAAACGAAAGCAAGAUGAAUACCCAAAUCGAAGGUGGUUCCAUUCAAGACACAUACUCGGAAGUUUACGACUGGCGUCCGUCCGUGGAAAAGACAGAUGUAAUGCGCACGAUGGAAGCUAUCGAAGAAGCGGAGACGCAUCCAUCGCAAAAGGACAAAUCUCCUUGGCGAAAGUCGAGCCUAAACGUACCAAAUAGCAUGGAAGAGACUGACCCCCGUUAUUCCCGUAGGUUAAGAUCCAGACUCAGCACAGAGAAUGUGUUAACCUCUAGCACCUUACAGUCGAUCAAAGAGGAAGAGAGGAAAAAGAACAAGGUCACCGACACCGUAAGUCCAGGCUCGCAGGAUGAAUUAACGAUUUAUUUACGGCAACCUUACGGCGAUUCUCAACCUACUGGACCACGGAGAUUUUCGAAACUGAAGAGAGGCGUUGACGAAGAGAAGAUCGACAAGAUAGAGAUCGAUUCCGAUAACAUAGAAACACCUCCGGCAACCAGAAAGCUAUUCAGUCCGCCGAAGGAGGUGAAGCCGGUUGAGAAAGAGCCGUGUAAAAGGGAGCGGUGCAGCAGCUCCUUCCAAAACAGGGAUUUUAAAAGUCCGAUGCCGAAAAACGUGAACAACAACGCUGACUUCGGAAUAGGUAAUUUUGAUCGUUAUUCGGCGGCAAGGAGAACACGAAGGUACAAAAAGAAUCAAGACACGGCGGAGAAAGAUCCGAAACAGGAAUCAACGAUCGAUGUCGAGCUGGAAGUGAAAGCUCCUGUGGCUGAACGUCCACACACAUUGCCACUGUCGGAAGAGGAACGCAACGAAAAUUCUGCAUCCUCUGAUUGGCAAGAUAAAUCGAAGCGGCAGGCAGAAUCGUCGGGUUCGUUCGAUAUCAACACAGCGUUGGCAGAGAUCACUCGUUCUGGCGAGGAUCUUCAACGAUUGUCGCGACCGUUGGCGCACCGAAACUCGAGAUUACCGAUAAGUCAACCAUCGGCCGUGGUUGCCGUGACCAAUACAGUUCUUAGCCCCGUGAUGCACGAGUCUCGACCUCGGGACACCUCGUUAACCGUCCUCGCGGAAAGAGCAGUAACUAGUCGCGAACGACAGAGAAGCAUGAUCGAUCCUAGUCAAGUAAAAGAAGCGAUCAGAUUGACUAACAAUCCACCGAGUCAAGUGAACGAUUGUCAAAACGUCUCGGUGUCUCGGUCACGAAAUCAAUCGCGAUCUUGCGGAAAGGACGAAUCUAUGAACGACGAAAUCGAUCUAGCCAGCAGCGAUUCGAGUCGUUGCCAAGAAAACAAAUCUAACGCCGAGAUUUAUCAGGAUAAACGACCUGACUCGACACUGCAAAACCAAAGCAAGAUACAACCGGUGCGAUUUAACACGGACGGCUCGCUCUUCCAUUCCAAGUUCGCGCUGCCUGAUAUAAAUGUCGCCAACACUACCUCCAGCUCUUGUCCUUUACUGCACCCAUCUUCCGGAAAGACUCGAGACCAAGAGAUGAACGACGAAGGUUUCGAGGAGACGCAAAGCUUGGUCUCGGAGACCCUCAGCCAAGAGACAUCCUCUGGAAAUUACGAGACGGACACUCACGACUCGACGCGUUGCUCACCAGCCGAGCUACGUUACUCCGAAACCGAUAAUCAUCUUCCGGUUCACGGUCACGUCCAAGCAACUGGCCACGAUGCCAGAAAGUCGUUACGAAGCACGACGACGAAAACGAUGUCGUCGCCGUCACCAUCGGUCUCGAAGGGAUUCGAGAAACGAGCGAGCUCGAUGAAACACGCCACCGAGAAAUCCAGCUUCCUUCCGAAACGAACGAACGCUUUGAAGCGAGACGUUGCUGCGAGAAAGGCGGCGGAGUCGAUGCAACGAAACUCAAAUCUAACGUACCAAUCGAACAGCCAUCAGUCGAGAAACGAGGUGGAACGCUCGGGAUCGAGAAGCAGCCUUCGUAGCUCGCGGAGUUCUUUAAACAGCGCCACGUCGGUGAACACCGUGAGAAAUUUAGUCCCGAAUCACGCACCUCUUCGUACUUACACGUCGGCGAUUUGCGCGUUAACCAACGAUCUGCGAAAGAGCUCUGCGUCGCACAGUCCGUUACCGCCGAAAGCCAACGAGAAACGACGAACGAAUCCACGAGCAACGGUUACUAGAAUACCAGCCAGCAGAAGUAGCAGCAGCGGAAGCAGCGUGGGACCGACAGCGAGGACAGUUCGCAGGUCUCUCGGGUCAACCAACGAUGUGCAAAAAGGGAAUAGAGGACGGGCAAUCUCUUCGCGUAGUAGCAGCAGCGGAAGCGGCAGUAGCAUGGGGCCACAAUCGUUGCCGUUAAAUCGUGUAAACGUUGAAAAGAGUUCAUCGUCGGCUGCUAAAAGCAAGUUAAUUCAUCCAAGAACCGGAACCAGAAGCCACAGUUUUAUGAGACCGACCGCCGCAAGUGUGAAUAAAGGUUCCAUCCCUAAUCUACCAAGAAGUAUCAAAAAUUUGGUUAAAUAAUGACACUGUGAAAAAUGUUGAUCGACAUACCCACGUAUAUUAAUAACUGUUGGCAAUAUUGUAUAUACUACUUGUCAGAGUUUUCGUAAUGUUAAGUGGUUCCUUUUGACACGAAACCACAAAGAGAUAACAUUUUAAGCUCGUGUCGUGUCAGUCAGAUGUUUCAGAUAGCAUUAUCAUAUUUCAAUAUUGAGGGAAGAAUUGAAAAGUAGUAAAAGUUUUCACUUAAUAUUUAUGAUAUAGCUUUAUACUACAAUUAGUACAAUUGUUGAAAAUUCAAAGAAACGAAGACUAUUGUAAAGUAAUCUAUACAUAUAUGGCCAACCAUUGAAUGGAAAUACAAUAUAUAUGGCAUUACGCUUCGCAGAAGUCUCUGCAUCAUGAAAACUGUAUUUGCUGGUAUGUAAGUAAAUGUUCAUUAAAUGUAAAUUCGUAUCGCGUGAAAUCGUUCGUAAUUUGAGUGUCGAAUAAUUGUCAUAAUUGUCGAAUUAUGAACAACGAAAUAAUGCAGGAAAUAACUUAUAUCGUCUGUAUCGAUCAUCUACAUUAUUAGCUAAUUGUACGGAAUAAUUAUUCUCAGUCUUUUUGAAUGCAAUUACACGAACAUGUACCAUAGGAGAUCACUAAUAAUUAAUUUGACUCGCGCAAUACACGCGCGGGUGUCAUUGAUAACAAAAAAUAAAUAAAUAUUAUGUAACUCUAUUCAGAGAAGAUUUUUAAUACCGAAACAGAACGGCAACGUCAUUCACAUCGUGUUCGAGAUCGCCUUAUUCUUGUUGAAGAUCCACGAAAAUGUAAAGGAAAUUCAAACAGCUAACGUAAUGCAAGAAUAAGACGAUUUCAAAAUCAACGCGCACACAAUUAAACAUAAGGAAAUAUUACGAUAAAUAUCCGGAAUUGAAGAAACAAGAAUUACUUACAGCAUUAAAUCAUUUCAUGAUCGGCAAUGAAAGAAUUAUAAAAGAUUUCGGUAAUGUUUAAACAUCAGUUUGUUAUAUCUUCUUACGAACGAUCACGGAAGCCAAAAGAGACCGGUCCUUUCGGCGCGAGAAUAAAUUCAAAUUGUAACUCAAGUUCUUCGUCUACGAUGAUCUCAAAUUCCCGUACGAUCUACGAAAAAAUAAGCUGCAACGCGAGAUCCACAAAUCGCUUGCCUGGACAUAUCCUUCUUCCAGUUCCGAAAGGCGCGACCAAUAACGGCGAAUGAGGACUAAUAGGAGUCAGCCAUCUUUCGGGCAGGUAUUUGUUGGGAGCUUUGAAAUUCUCUUUAUCCAAACCUGCUAUCCAAGUGUGUAAAAGCACCGUAGUCUGUACGAUUCGGUGAUGCACGCGCGAAGAUACUUCGCUUGCCGUAAAUCCUCGAUCGUUAAAUCGCAGCCAGACGGUGCCAAUGAAUACGCCUCUUUAUAAAGUUUAGCUUGUACGUCUGGAUUGCGCGCGAUCAAGUCGAACAAGAAUACCAAAGUGUUCCCUAGCGUGUGUAUACCAGCUGCUAUAAAAUCAACGAUAGCCGCCUUCUUGUCGCGUAUAUCAAGACUCUUUUGCCUUAAAAUAGAUUGAAAAACAGCCUCAACCAAUUCGUCCUUAGCAUCGUUCCGCUUCUCCAAUAUAGUGGCUUCAACGAUUUCCGAGAUAAUAUUGUAUAUCACAUCUUCGCUCUCUAUCAGUUGCUUGUACGCGGAAGUUGGUAACAAUUUCCACAGCGGUAGUCCGUAAAAGGCGUCCCGCGAGGCGGUAAAGUGUAUCCUGACAGCUUCCGCUAAUCUCGUGGCGAGUUCGCUGCUGGAAUCUGGCUUUAGAAAACCCAAAUGUCGGCCCAAGAUCAAAGUGCAGAUCUUACUUUCGAGUCCCAUUUUGUAAGCAAGCUCCUCGAAACCUGUCACUUUACAUCCCGUUCUUCGUCGACGAAUCAACUCGAUGAACGAAUCCGCGACGACAUUCAGGGCCGGGAAGAAACCAAGGACAGUGCUAGCGCCCGUCAGUUCUGACGUAAGAGCUACUCGAAGAUUGUGCCACGUUUCUCCCUGCCUACCGAAUUAUACCAAGAUUUGUGUAACGAUCCCGACGAGUCUGCCGAUAAUAGGAUAUGACCUCCUGCGGAGGACGAAGCGGAUACUUGGAGUUUCGGCGAAGAACAGCUUCAAUGUCCUGACGCGAGAACACAGAGAUCACAGGGAAAUUCCACAAUGCUUCCUCUUUGCACAACGCUCCGUAUCGUCGGUGCAAAUCUCUGUAAGCAUCGUGAAUCUCGUUCAAUUUGUAGGAACCGAUAUACGAAAAAAUCCAUCUAGUUCCAAAAAUCGGCAAAGGAUACGGUCCUGGUACAUUGGAUACUGUUUUUUGACAUUUUUUAUCAUGCUUUUCCUCACUGGCUGGUACCUUGGUUUUGUGAGAGGUACCGGUCCAGAACCACCAAGCUGGCCGAUAACUAGUGGCAAAGAUCAAUAUCGUCAGAAGAGCCGCCGCGAUUAUUUCGAACCAAGCGCUUGACACGAAAAAAUAACGCACCAUCGCUGCUCCCAGUCCAUUCGAGGUUGACUGAAUGUCCCAGUGUUAUUUACGGACCAGCGGUUUCUUCUAUUUGCAAUGGGCUGAUAACACGCGCCGUCACGAUGACUCUGCUCUCUCUUUGACUCGCUAAUCUCAAAGCUGUUACACGGAUCGAAGAGAAAAUGCCUAAAUACCCGUCCCCCACUGCCAUACAAUACACGCCGAGUACAAGCUCGUUCGCUUGUGUACGCAAUCUGUUGUCAUCGCGAUUCUCUCGCGAUUGUGACGAAAUAAACGCGUAAACUUGCCGUGCUCGUUGUUACCAGAAUCUCUCGAGAAAAACCCAUUAUCUUCGGUAAAUUUCAUUUAUAUUAUCUCGACGUGACUUGCGCGACAUUACGAACAAAUACCGCCAGGUUGUUUGCGAAGAAACCGUGUGAUUCAUUUCGUUUUGUUUGGUUUCUCGCGAGCACCAA